AAAAGGCCUUUUUCCUAGAACUCUGAUUUUGGAUCCGAGGAGGUAGUGAAUUAGCGAUGAUGGCAGGAGCUGAGAAAUUCGUGGAAGCUGAUAAUGCGGAAGCCAUAAUAACAAGAAUCGAGCACAAAUCCAGGAAGAUCGAGAGCUUACUUAAACAGAAUAAGCCCGUUGAAGCUCUUAAAACUGCGCUCGAGGGAUCUUCUCAUAUGAUACGUGACGAGCGAUGCAAGUCAGCGAAUUGGAUAGUUGUGCAUAGAGCGCUAAUGGCUAUAAAAGAUGUCGAAGGAAUGUUCUCUUCUUUGGAUCCUGAGUACUAUGAUAUUCUUAUGAAGUACUUGUAUAGAGGAUUGUCGACCGGAGAUCGCCCCACAUGUGAUCAGUGCCUUAGGAUCCAUGAGAAGCUGACGGAGAGAGCUGGUUUGGGCUGCAUACUUCGUUCCCUUGCAGACACUGUGAAUACAGUUUGACUCUAAUCAGCCCUUCACUUUGGAAAAUGUUUUCAAGUGUUGUUGUUCUUAAAUCAUUGAAGUGCUUUAGAAGCUUUUAUGUUACAGCUUUUCUUUCAUGAUUCGUAUUUCCAGAUCAGAGUUGCGGUCACAUGGGUUAUAUAGUCUCCUAUCUGGCUUUUCUACUUGGGGUAAUUGGAGGUGUUUAGGUAUAGAAUCUUAUCACCACCUUCCAGUCCCUCUCCCUUUCCCUCCCUCUUUAUCUUAAUUUGAGAAUCUUGUUACCUAUGGGUUGCUAUGAAAUCUGCAUGACAAGAGAGAUCGAAUAUGAAGCAAAAGACUUCAAAAAGUAUAGAUAGCUGUAAUUGUUAAAUUUA